UGUUGUCAGUUGAAAACAUGGCCAGCAAGAGAGAAGAAGUGGCACAUAAUUCUAGCGUGGAUUUAUUUUCUCUACAGGAUGUAUUGUAUGCAUUUAAUAAUAGUUUAAGUGAAGAACAGGCCUGGGCUGUUUGUUAUCAGUGUGCACAAUUUUUUGAGCAAAAUCCAUCCCAGGAUAGUUUUAGAGAUCUUUAUUAUUAUGGAAUUACUGCGAUUGGAUUAUCAAAAGAAGGGGAUGUUAAAAUAGAAGUGAAUUUCAGUCAGGGUUCGGGAAAAGGCCCUCCUAAGAAUAGAAGUUCAUUUUCACUGAGUAGAGAAUUCAAAACAGUUAUCACACCUACAGAUGUACGACAGGCCCUGGGAACAGCAAUAUACAAGGCCCUGGACUUUGGCCUCAGUGAAUCAGAGGAGCCGCAUCUGAGUUCUGACCUGGAGGCCCUGAUAGAGUUCCUCACAGAUCACCCAACAGAUGAUGAUGAGGGUAUAGAUAUUGAGAGAGAUUCUGACCAGGAUAUUGACGACAGUCAGGGUCGUGAACAGUCAGAGUUCCAGGAUAUCAUUGAUAGUUGUGUGAGGCGCCUGUCAAGUCAGCAGAAUGCCCAGCUACACUACAAGGCUGUGUGUCGUGCCCUGGCCACAGAGGCAACAGAACUCGUUACAUUCCUCGAUAAUAUUGCAAAAGGACAAGAGAAAUUGGCAACUAAUAAAGGUGAUAACCAACCUUCUGUUGAUGACCUUGAAAGGUCAGAUUGGGCUAGGCUAUGGGUACAGAUCAUGCGUGAAUUACGGCAUGGGGUACGGUUGAAAAAAGUUGAACAAGUCCAACUUCUUCCGCUAGAGUUUGAACUCACACCAUUUGAGAUUUUGCUUGAAGACAUACGGCUAGGCAGAUUCAAACUCAACAGAAUAAUGGUGAAUGGUGACAUUCCGAGGAAGGUCAAGGACGAUGCUCAUGCUGUCAUACUAGACUUCAUACGAUCCAGACCCCCACUCAAACCUGCAAAUAGACGUAAAUUAAAAGAGCGGCCACAGGAAAUGGACCCUAGAGAAUUACUGUUACAAGAUAUACGCCAACCUCAGACUUUAAAACCUGUCAAACAUGGCAAGGUUGUUGUUCGGAAGCCAACAUUAGACUGUGAUACAAAUGAUUCCUCAGAGGAAGAGAGCCCAAAACAAGUGAGAAAAGUCAUCAAACCAGUAGCAGCCUUUCAGGUAUCGAAUGGAAGUCAAGAGGUACGUAAAGCACUAGACCCGAUGAUUAAAACCACUCCCACAAAAAAAAAAAGUAUUUUGUAUGCCCACACUGAAAAUAUUCCAGACGUGAUUAAGACGAGUCGUGCUGAGUUCAAGGUGGUCGAUUUACUGCAUGUAAGUUGGAAAACGGAAUGCUGUCGUCAGGACCCUACUAACAAGUCUAACCCCUGCUCUGACUGCAGACCCCUUCCCUCACAUAAAUGGCAGAAUCCUAUAGAAUGUUUGUCGUUGACGUUGGAGGAAGUGACACAUAUCCGCUGUGUACUGACCAAAGCUGAGCUCGAAAGUCUUAUAACCAAUCCAGAACUUUAUAGUCAAGUUAGCAAGGGAAAGGUGUGUUUUACAUGCAAGAAGACAAAGUUUUCCUUAUUUGGUCAGUGGGGUACCAAAUGUAAAUUCUGCCAAAGAACUGUUUGCAAUUACUGUCUCAGAAAGAUGAGUGUUCCUACAGAACAUUUUGAGAAGAUCCCUGUGUAUACACUCAGUCCUGUUCCUUUAAGUCCAGAAGUGCUAGAAGCUCUCAAAGUCUAUGAAAGCACUGGUUCCGUUCCACAUAGCCCCGUUACUAACAGAAAGCUUGCUGAGACAGACAGCAAUAGUAAAACAGCAGAGGAACCAGACACUCCAGUAUCAGAGGAGAAUAAAACAGCCACUAGGAGAAAGUCUCUACAGAGGUCACAUACCAUUGGUGUUGGUGUAGGGUCAAGGCCACCUCCUAACAAGGCAUUGUUGAAAGGACCUCAGAUGAGCAUAUGUUGUGAUUGUAAAACUAUGAUAAUGGAAAUAAUUCGAGCCAGUAGAUCUUCAGUGUCUCUCAUUACGGGCAAACCUGAGGCCCAGGAAGGGGAUAAAAAUAAAGACUCAGUGACCCCUAGGAGCCAGUUGUCUGCAAGAUCUUCAGUUGUAUUAAGACCAAGACAUUUAAAUCUUGAAGAACGACCGAGGCCUAGGUCUAUGCUAGAUAACUUCAAGUCAUUUAAUUUUUCAAAAACAAGUACUGAUGCAUAAUAUACACAAUAUUUUAUCACAGAGGGGGAUUGGUCCUGUGAUGUUUUUAUUUCCAGAUUUCUUUUAUAUUCAUGCAAAAAAAAAACACUAGCUACAUAUUAGGAGAAUUUGAUGACAUGACUCUCAAAGUUAACUUUAAAUUUUUAGUUCACCAGAGCACAAGGUGUUUAUGGUGAGCAUUUAAGGUUGUUGGAUGUCUGUCACCUGUUUGUUAGAAACGUUCCUUUGUUUACCAUAUACCAAGAAUGUUCUAGUUAUUACUGUUUGUCAAAAAUUUGGCCUCCAGAGCUUGUAGGCAUUUUCUGCUAUAUGAAUUUAGUGUUUCUUUUGUGUAUUUAGUGGAAACUUAAAAAAUCUUCCUGUCAGAAAACACUGUCCAAAUUGAAGAAUAAUGUCCAUGUGCGAUCCCCUACCAAAACUGUUGAGACUCAGUUGAGGGAUCUAGGGCCAACAAGACCUUCUUGUUUUCUUGCAUGAAUUUCCAGUUUCUUCACCUCACUGAUGUUAGUAAAUUCAGCUGCCAAGUUUUCUUACAUAGUGUUAAAUACGAGACAUACAUUCAACACUUCAAAGACAUCAUUUGAUCAUUUAUAGGCAUAUACACACCUACACAUUUUUCUCAGAGAUGCAACUCAAAUAUACCCAGAAUGCACCACGUAGCACAUGGAAACCAAAACUUUCAUUGUGAAGCAUGACUUGUGACUCCUUGAUC